AUGUCCGUCAAGACCGUCGCCGUCCUCGACCAGUCCGACCUCGCCGACGGCCAGAUGAAAGAAGUCGAGUUCGAGAAAGGCAAAGUCCUGCUCUCCCGCCUCGGUGACAAGAUCCACGCCACCUCCGCCUUCUGCACCCACUAUGGCGCGCCCCUCGCCAAGGGCGUCCUCACCGCCGACGGUCGCGUCGUCUGCCCCUGGCACGGCGCCUGCUUCAACGUCUGCACCGGCGACAUCGAGGACGCACCUGCGCCCGAUGCUAUUCACUCGUUCAACACCCACGUCACGGACGGCAAGAUCUAUGUUACCGCGGAUCCCUCCAAGGUUACGAGCGAGGCAAAGUCGCGCCCGCCGAAGCUGCUGGCGAGCGGGUUCGAGGGGACUGUGGGAGGGACAGCGAAGAACGGGGUCGUAAUUGUGGGUGGGGGUAGCGGGGCGUUCCACACUGUCGAAAGUCUGCGCGAGCAUGGCUACAAGGGCCCCAUCACAAUGAUAUCAAAGGAGCCAUAUGCGCCUAUUGACAGAACGAAGUUGAGCAAAGCCCUCAUCACCGACGCCUCCAAGCUCGAAUGGCGCACCCCCGCCGACCUCAAGAUCAAGUACGGCUUGUCUAUGCGCACCGGAACGGCAAUCACCGCGGUGGAUGCGGUCGCCAAGUCCGUCACCCUCUCCACGGGCGAACAAAUGGCCUAUGAUACACUCGUCCUCGCGUCGGGCGGGACGCCCCGCACGCUCCCCGUCGAAGGCGCGGACCUGGGCAACGUGUUCACCCUGCGCACCGUCAAGGACGCACAGGCCAUCGACGCAUUGUGCCAGGAGGGCAAGCGCUUGGUCGUGGUGGGGAGCUCGUUCAUCAGUAUGGAGCUCGUCGUCGCGGUCGCGAAGCGCAAGCUGGCGGCGAUCGAGGUGGUGGGCAUGGAGGAGGUGCCAUUCGAGGCCGUGCUGGGCAAGCAAGUCGGCGCGGGGCUCAUGAAGUACCACGAAUCCCAAGGCGUAAAGUUCCACAUGAAGUCCAAGCUCGACAGGCUCGUGCCCUCGUCCUCAGACCCAUCAAAAGUCGGCGGCGUGGUCGUCGCCGGGCAGACGAUCCCCGCGGAUGUCGUCGUCAUGGGCGUCGGCGUCGCGCCCGCGACAGAGUACCUCAAGAGUCCCGCAAGCAAGGGGUUCGCGGUGGAUGACGGGAAUGGGCAGGGGAACCUGGAGAAGGGCGGCGCGGUGCUCGUGGACGAGUAUUUAAGAGUGAAAGGGGUAAAGGACGUAUAUGCGGUGGGGGAUAUUGCGAUGUAUCCUCAGCCAGGGACGGGGGAGAUGAGGAGGAUUGAGCAUUGGAAUGUCGCGGGGAACCAGGGCCGCGCGGCGGGGAAAAGUAUUGCGGGGGAUGCGCAGCCGUUUGUGAAGAUACCUGUGUUUUGGAGUGCGCAGGGCCAGCAGCUGCGCUACGUCGGCGUCGGCGCGCAGUUCGAGGACGUGAUCGUCGAGGGCGAUCCAGGGGAGAUGAAGUUCAUCGCGUACUACGUCAAGGGCGGGAAGAUUGUCGCGGUGGCGAGCAUGCAGAAGGACCCGGUGGUGAGCAAGGCGAGCGAGCUGAUGCGGCUCGGGUUGAUGCCCAGCCCGGAGGAGGUGCGGGCGGGGAAGGAUUUGCUGGGGAUUGACAUUUCGACGCAGGGGGCGAAGGCACGGGUGGGGGCGUGAGCGAGUACUCCAAGGGAUAAAGGAAAAGAAGUUCGAAGACUAGAAUGUGUAUAUUAUGUGCUGUAUCGAUAUGUUUU